AUGAAUAUCAUCAACUGUGGUUUGUGGUAAACUUGUUGCAAGCAAUUUACAGAGCACACAUGGUCAAAAGAGUGUCCUGUAAAGAAACUCAAGAACACUUUAUUAGAAGCUCCUAGGACUCAACCAAGACUUGGAAUUCUACCAGAACUAUGGCAACACGUCUCCACCUUCUGUUGAUAGGGCUACUGCUGUUGACCGGGACACACUAUGCAAGUGCACAAGAUUGUUUAACGUACACUCGCUGUAGAGACUGCAUCACUCUCAAUCCAGGCUGUGCUUGGUGCAAUGACCCAAAUGUGUUCCUCAGUUUUGCCAACACCUCGACCAGUUUGUCACCGGCCCCUCUCUGUCAGACUGAGGAGGAGCUGGUCGCUCUCGGCUGUCAGACUAUCAUCAACCCUCAGAGCAACUCUGUCACUAGUGUACCUGGUGAGAUUGUUUCUACCCUGUCAGUAUUGUCUGCACAAGUGGAAGUCAGACCAGGCCAACCGAGUGAGUUUGAUAUUGAGAUAAGUCCUGCUGAGUCCUCGGCAGUGGACAUGUACCUGCUCAUGGACCUCACUCUCACCAUGCAGGAGGACCUCAGGUCCAUACGACAAUUUGCAGGCGACCUGGUUGCGAGGAUGAAGGUGCUGAGCAGUGACUUCAGGAUUGGUUUUGGAUCGUUCAUUGACAAAACUGUUGCUCCAUUUGCAGAUACUAUCAACACUGAAUUCCCCUGUGCUGAGGAUGCAGAGGUUCGCCGCAUCACUGCAGAACAGUGUGACCCGGUCUAUGCCUUCAGACAUCGUCUAGACCUCACCGACAAUGCCACACUCCUUCAGGAGCAGCUAGACAACGCCCUCCUCUCUGCCAGCCCCGAUCACCCGGAGUCUCUCCUGGAUGCUCUACUACAAGUAGCCGUCUGCGAGAGUGAAGUUGGAUGGAGGGUCAAGGGUCAGUCCAGACGUAUUGUACUGGCGAUAACCGAUGGAGACUAUCAUUACGCCUUGGAUGGAAAGUUAGGAGGCUUGGUCGCUCAACCGGAUGCUCAGUGUCGACUCUCCUCUACUGGAGAGUAUGAAGAUGCUCGUCUCUAUGACUACCCUUCAUCAGCGUUCAUCUCUGAUGUCCUCAAUGAUAACAGGAUCACUCCAAUCUUUGCAGUACCUUCCCAGGUUCGGUCCGUGUACGAUGGUCUAGCAGCUGCCAUCAGGUCAGCGUCUGUCGGAACUCUUGCAGCUGAUGCCUCGGAUAUUAUUACUCUAGUGGAGGACCAGUACAGGAUCCUGGCGAGCACGGUGGUCCCCCUCCUCUCGACCACCCCAGAGCUACCCCCAGACAUGCUCAGCGUUACUGUUCUACCCCUCAAUGACUGUGGCCUAGGUGCAUUGCGUGUGGACACAGCUGACGUGUGUGAGAGCAUUGUCUUCCCUAACACUGUUGACUAUCGCGUGACAGUAUCAGCUGCUCCCGAGGCCUGUCGUAUCUUUGGCAACCAGUCAAUCUCAGCCCAGAUUCAGUUCAUUGGAUUUGGGAAUGUUGACAUUGAUAUCUCGCUAGCCUGUGACUGUGGCUGUGGUGAUCCGGAGCCCGACAGUGCCAUGUGUAAUGGAGAGGGGACAUUUGAGUGCUCAACAUGCAUCUGUGAUGAUAACAUUGGUGGAGUGCAGUGUACGUGUCCAGUGGGAGGAGCUGAGCUGGGAUGCAUUGACCCCCUGGAUAUGACUGGCAGUGUGUGCAAUGGAGUGGGUCAGUGUGAGUGUGGGGAGUGUGUGUGUGACCAGAUCAGUCAAGAAUCAGAGCUUGUCUUCCAAGGAUCAUACUGUCAGUACAACCCACUCAACUGCCCCAUCGCCAGGGACGACAGCGGACAGUUUAAACCUUGCGCUGGUCACGGUGAAUGCAUAAACUCAGUGUGUCAAUGCAACGAGCAGUUCACUGGAGGGGCGUGUGAGUGUACCCUGGACAACAGCACCUGCAUGGACCCGGCCGGUAUCCCUGGCGACGACCUUUGCUCUGGGGAGGGGGAGUGUCAGUGUGGUCUGUGUAUCUGUAAUGACUACUCGCUCACAUUCGGACGGUAUUGUGAAGAGUGUGUGCGUUGUCGUACGUCUUGUUCCCGAGUGUCGCCGUGUGUGCGGUGCUCGCUGCUACCGGGGGUGGAGUGCUCUGAUGAGUGUGAGGGGAGGGUCACCUUAAUCAACGACACCACCCUCAUGGCUAGUGAUCUCAAGGUAUGCUCUGUACGGGAGGGCAGCUGUGAGGUACGCUAUCGUAUCAGUGAAGCCAUUGAAGGUGACGAGAGUGACAUCUUCGUUGUGCUGGACAUGGGCCAAUCAGCUUUGAGUGUGCUCCUUGGUGGGUCAGCUGACUGUAACCCCGCUCCCCUCAUCUGGCCGAUAUUCGUGGGCAUCAUCCUCGGUAUAGUGGUGGUGGGGAUACUGGCCGUGGUGCUAUGGCGAUGCUGCACGUAUUUGGGAGAGUAUUUGGAAUAUCGACAGUGGAUGAAGAGUGUCGAAGAUCAAUCUGCAAGGACUGGAGAUAAUCCGUUGUUUGUGGACCCCAAUGCGAAAUACCAGAACCCCCGCUACCGAGGACAGAGUAGCUAGUCAAUCAAACUGUUUUUUUAGAACAUUCAACUUCAAGUGAACCACAUGCUAGCUUUUUUUAUGCUGAUUUACUUAUUUCAUGAACAUUAUGUUUGUAUGACUCGUGUGUUAAUCAUCAUGCUCCUGUAUAUAAAGUUUUUAUAGCUUUGC